AUGGGGACAAAUUCAUCUAAAAUGAGCAGGAAAGUAAAAGAAAAAAAUAACAAAGGUGAUGGGCCAAGGAGAAGCGUUCAAUUUGCGGCUACGAAAGCAGAACCCCCUCUAAAAAGGAGCAAGAAGCAAACGGCGUCUUUACGUCGCAAAGGCGUAGUUGAUGAAUGCAAUGUCCAAAGUUAUCACGAAGGAGCGAUGACAAAAAAUAGUCGGCUUCAACAACUACAUGCAAACCCGCCUCCUGGAUUCAGAAAGUUCGAGUCCGAAGUGCCAUGGCGAACCAUUGAUGAAGAAAUGGCGCUUCAGUUGUGGGAGGGCGUCUUCCAACCAAUGUAUACUACCAUGUUGCCGCUAAAAAGUUCCCAGAUACAGAAUGAACAGAAAAGUUAA